AUGCCGUCAACAACACCCUCGUCUGGCGUCCAGACGUCCACCAUUGUCCUCGCGACCCUCGGCACCCUCACCACGGCCGCUUUCGCAUACGCCGUCUACUUUGACUACAAGAGACGCUCCGAUCCCGCUUUCCGUCGCUCGCUCAAGCGCCAGCAAAAGCAGCUCUCAAAGGCCGCCAAGGACGAGGCCGUCGCUGCUGAGAAGGGCCAGAAGGAAAAGGUCCGCCAGCUCGUCGACGAGGCCAACGACGAGGGCUUCCCCACCGACCCCGAGAAGACCGAGGAGUACUUCAUGACAGAGGUUGCCCGUGGUGAGCAGAUGUGCCAGGACGGCUCCGACCCCGUCGACGCCGCCCUUUGCUUCUACAAGGCUCUCAAGGUCUACCCCCAGCCCAGAGAGCUCAUCAGCAUCUACGACAAGACCGUUCCCAAGCCCAUCCUCGAUAUCCUUGCCGAGAUGAUCGCAGUCGACAGCAGCAUAAAGGUCUCUGCCGCUCCCGAGUCCGAGCCUGUCGAGUAG